AUGACUACAGAACCCACACCAAAGAUGUUCAAGCGAUUGAUUGCUUGUUGUGAUGGAACGUGGAUGGACAGUGACAAAGGCUACCAAGAGCCUGGUUUGUUCGAGAAAGAAGGCUCUCUUCAAGUCCCAUCCAACGUGACACGUAUCUCACGCUGUUUUGAGAAGAGAUGUAAUGAUGGAAAGCUCCAGGUAGUCAACUACGAGUCAGGAGUUGGCACAGGCAGCAAUAUGCUCGAUAGUAUCACUGGAGGUGCUUUCGGACAAGGUCUUGCUGAGCGCAUGAGGGAAACAUAUUCUUUUAUAUGUUCAAACUAUAUGGACGGCGAUGAAAUUAUCCUCGUUGGAUUCUCAAGAGGUGCAUUCACAGUCCGCUCUGUGGCCGGCAUGAUAGGCCACCUCGGCCUUCUUACUCGUGAGGGUGUCGAGUUCUUCUAUCCAAUUUUCAAAGACAUGCAACAUUGGAUGGAUGACGACUACGAAGACCCGUUCCCUAACAUCCCUUUUCCCGACAAGCCAAAAGGAAAAGAUGCUGCCGACAGGUACAGAGCUCGCUUGGAGCAACUCGGCUAUACUCGCGUGAGACGCGAGCAAGGAGACGAGAUCAUCACAAUCAGAGCAGUUUGUGUCUGGGACACUGUUGGUAGUCUCGGAAUCCCAAAGAUUGCCUGGCUGGAUAAACUCGGUAUCCAUAGAAUAGAGCAUGCUUUCCAAGCUCUUGCUCUGGAUGAGACCCGUCCACCUUUUUCACCAGCAGUAUGGGAGAGACUCCCCGAGAACAGGUACACAACGGAUCUUAGACAGGUCUGGUUUCCUGGUAAUCACGGUAACAUUGGUGGUGGAUGGGAGGACCAGGGUAUUGCAAACUGUACACUUGCCUGGAUGAUGGACCAAUUGGCCUCGAUCGGCGUCGAGUUUGAUCUGCCUUCUCUAGAGCGCUGCUUCGUGCAAAACGUCAAGUAUUAUCACAAGACUCCCUCAAAACUAAGUAUCAAGUCGAGGAAGAAGAAGCAGAAACAGAAGAUACGUAAAUGGGCAAUGAGCCCUAUAUACGAAAAUAAUCGCCCAUUCAGACCUUGGGGACUCGGGGCAAUCAAUAAGUCACCAGGUAUCCUCUAUAAGCUUUCCGGCCAGACAAUUCGCACACCAGGUCUGUACAGACCAACCGACCGCAGAUCAAAAUCAGACAAGUCUAGAUAUCUUCUGGACACGAACGAGCGCAUACAUAGUUCAGUGAGAAUUCGGCUUGCCUGUAAAGGACUCAGCCUGGAUGAUGAACAUGUCUGGGACUGCCCAGCGUUGCUCGGGAAGUGGAAACUGAAGCGCACACGAGAGAAGUAUAAUGAUCCAGUACCACAGGAGCCGGGCUGGUGUCCUCAUUCUGCAAAAGAUAACAUGGGACAUCCCAACGACUGGUCAAAGGGAAGAUGGGUUUGGGAAUAUAUCGGGAGCGAGAAGAAUGGCCCUACUGAUAAGAGGCAACGGGUCAUGGUUGAGGAACCUCUAGGACCAUACGAGCGAUACUUACUCAGCUUGUCGGCAGGAACUCCGAAUGUCUAUCAUUUUGCAGAUACGAUCGACUUUUAG